CAGAAAAGCAAUUCGUCAAGACUCUCACUGCAACCCUUUCAGCAAGAAACCUAAAGCUUAAAUCGUCACAUUCGUUUAUCUCUCUACUUGGUCCAGUUCUUCUUCGAUCCGUAUAUCAAAGAUUUUUCAGCAAUGGGAGACAGUCAGUACUCGUUUUCUCUCACGACGUUCAGCCCAUCAGGGAAGCUGGUUCAGAUAGAACAUGCCCUAACAGCUGUUGGAUCAGGCCAAACAUCUUUGGGAAUUAAAGCUUCAAACGGAGUUGUCAUUGCAACAGAAAAGAAACUUCCCUCUAUUCUGGUUGAUGAAGCGUCUGUUCAAAAGAUUCAGCAUUUGACUCCCAACAUUGGAGUUGUAUACAGUGGUAUGGGUCCCGAUUUCCGAGUUCUUGUGCGAAAGAGUAGGAAGCAGGCUGAGCAAUAUCUCCGGUUGUACAAAGAACCCAUCCCUGUUACCCAACUUGUAAGGGAAACUGCUACGGUGAUGCAAGAGUUCACUCAAUCAGGUGGUGUUAGGCCGUUCGGAGUUUCUCUACUAGUGGCUGGGUAUGAUGACAAGGGUCCACAAUUGUAUCAGGUGGAUCCGUCUGGCUCUUAUUUCUCAUGGAAAGCUUCGGCAAUGGGAAAGAAUGUUUCGAAUGCAAAGACAUUUCUUGAGAAGAGGUACACAGAAGACAUGGAACUUGAUGAUGCUAUUCACACGGCGAUAUUGACAUUGAAGGAAGGUUUCGAGGGAGAAAUCUCGAGCAAAAACAUUGAGAUUGGUAAAAUCGGUGCUGACAAAGUUUUCAGGGUACUAACACCAGCAGAAAUCGACGACUACUUGGCUGAAGUCGAGUAAACCUUCACUAAACCGUGCAACGAACCAGAAUUUGAGUCUCAAUACUAUCUUUCGUCUUUCUGGCUGUCUGCAGAGAAUUGAUAGUUCUUGCUUGUGUAAGACUUUUGGAUCAUGUUUAGACUCUGGAGACCCAAUUUAGAACUUUUUUUUUUCACUCAAAGAAUAUAUUUAAAACCUUCAAAA